UGAAAUUGAGCCCCACACUUUGUACAAGAAGUCCACAAAAAAUUUGUAUUAUAUGCAAACACUUAGCUAGCAACCACAAUGGAUUGGAAAAAAUAAAACCCUGUUGAAUUCCCCAAUUAACCACAUGAUCUGUUUUGUGGGAAUAAAAAUGGAAAGCAAAAGCUCAGAUCUUCACUGUACUGUUGGAAUUCUCCUCAAAAACCCACAAUCUGAUCCGUUUGAAGAACCUCAAGGAGAAGGUUAAAGGAAUAUUCUUCUUCUUCUUCUUCUUCUUCUUGAUUUUCUCUGUUUUUCAGUACUAAAUGGGAUCCGUUCUUCAUUCUUUUAUCUUCUUUUGAGUUUUUGACAAAGUCACAUGGACAUUUGGACAGUUUAAGACCCACCCACAUACGCAUUCCACAUGGAUGCCUCAGAUAUGGCCGAUUAGAUUGGGGCACAUUUGAUCUGACCCACUAGUUACAUUUUUUUUCUCUCUCUUUCUCUCUCUCUCUCUCUCUCUCUCGUCUUGUUAUUGUUUUAUUUUUGUUGACCAGUCUUCUCUGAUUGUUAUGCAAUUCAUGCUUCUUCUACCUGUUUUUAUACUCACUUAUAGUAAUACAUUUAAUUCUAGGACGCCGGGUGAAAAUUCCCAUUACCGGUUUUCUCUUUGAUUCUUACCUUUCCCAUUAUAAGUAAUUGCUGAUACUCUGAAUGUUCUGUAUUUGCCUUGAAAAUCAGAUGAUUCUAGUUUCUGGGUCUCUUCUUCUACUUGGUUUGAUUCUCUAGAGGUGUCCUUUUUCGUUUGUUGCUUUGAAGUAUUAUGAUAUUGGGAGUAUUCCAUGGCAUACCCAAUUGGUAAAUUUUGUGGGAUUAAGAUUUGCAUUGCAAAACCAGUGUGGUGAUCUGAGAGAGACUGGUGUUUUGAGAAGUAAUUAGCUGGAAAAAGAUCUGUUGAUUUAAUAUAUGGGGAGCCUAGAUUAUGCUUAGACUUCUCAUAUUUAAGGCGAGGCAAGAAGAAAGAGAAGGAAUUCAGAUUCUUGUUGAACACUCCAGUCCCAGAAACUGAUGUGUUGGUUAAUAUUCUGGGAUCACAAUGAAGCUCAGAAUUCUCAAUAUCGAGACUCAAAUGCCGUAAGUUUUUUAUCUGGAAGUUCAAUCUUAGAGGUCUAAGGAGAAACUUUUGGAGUGUACUUUGUUUGUCAUUUGAGAAGUGAAUAGUAGAUAUGGCUGCAAAACUUCUACAUUCCUUGGCAGAUGACAACCCUGAUUUGCGCAAGCAAAUAGGAUGUAUGACUGGUAUUUUUAAUCUAUUUGAUCGUCACAAUGCGAUCACCACGAGGCGAAUUAGUCACAAGAGGCUUUCUCCUGGUCAUUCCCAAUCAAAUCCUGGUGACUUGGUUGGUACUGUACAUCAAAAGAAACCAAAUGAGUCAAGUCUGAAUGAGAAUGUGAAUGACAAGCAAAGCAUGCCUGCAGAAUCAUCCAGAGACUCUCUCUCCUCCUGUUCAUCAUCUUUGUCCUCUAUGGAGUGCAAUAAAACUGCACAAUUAGAAGCCUUGUCCUUUUCCAGGACCAAUAUUGUUGAAAGUCCCUCAAUGGGGUUGCCAUUGGACCCGUUGAAUACCUAUAGCUAUUCAGAGAGGCAACCAUUCCAUAUCAAACAUGUAGUACAAGAUUCUAUGCAUAGAGAAGUAAGAACAUCAUUUGUUAAAAUGACAGACGUUGAUGACUUUGGUUAUGGUGUAAAACAUAGAGACUCUCCAAGACCCCCUCCAAUGUCCAAAUGUGCAGAAGUUUCUUCAAGGGUUGCAAGAAACCAUAAACAAGAUGUUACAAUUGAUAUUGAGGAGUCUUUUAGAGUUCUUGCUAAACUAAAAGAUGCAUCCUGGAACUUCAAUGAAGCUACGAGAUGUCGAACAUCAGCAUGUGAAACUGAAGCAACACAUGGAAAGAAUUUACUUUCAAGGGAUUUGCGGCGGCUUUCUUAUGAUGGUAGAGAAAGAAGUCAAUCCUCCUUUGAAUCAAGAAACCCCAAGUCCAGCCCUAAAUUGAAAGAGCUCCCUAGACUCUCACUAGACAGCAGGGAGGCUUCGGCAUGUAGGAAUUUUCAAAAUACUAGCUGCUCUACUGAUGAAUCCUCCGACCUACAUCAUUCUUCGGGCAACCAGAAGCGGCUGCCUAGUGUUGUAGCAAAAUUGAUGGGUCUAGAAACAUUGCCUGAUACAUUUUCGUCUGCAGAUACUCAAUAUUGUGGUGAAACUUUGGCAAAAUCAUUAGAAUCUAGAAACCUGAAAAUAUCUGCCUCCGAUAAAAGCUUAUCUAAAUGCCCAACUUCACCAAGGCGAAAAAAUAAUGAUUUGAUUAGGAAACCUAUUCAAACUUCUAGGCUCCCUGUUGAAACUGCACCUUGGAGGAAGCUAGAUGGAACUCGAGUUACUAAAAGCACAGCUCUUAGGCAUGUAAAAAGUCCAGGACAAAGCUCCACCCCUGCAGUUCAUGGUGAACUCGAGAUGAAGCUGAAAGAUCUUGAAUUUGAACAAUCCAGUAAGGAUCUGAGAUCACUUAAAAAGCUACUUGAGGCAAUUCAAAUUAGGGCACUAUCAGAAAUUAGAAACGAAGAGCGAACUUCAGUUUUUGGACUUCAAAGGAACCAAGAACCAUUUUCUUCUAGUCCCAAUCAAAAAACCAGGUUGAUGAGCCAGCGAAACAGACGGAGCAGUGUAGUUGUUACCUCCUCCACUUCUAGUGCACCUAAUUAUUCGAAGGCAUAUGAAUCUCCAAUUAUCAUCAUGAGACCUGCUAAACCUGUUGAAAAAUCAGUUACAUCAACCUCAGUGAUUCAAAUGGAUCGCUUUCCUGCUCCUCAUAAGCUUCAAAAUGAAGGAUUUCAGGAUAAUAAAAAGGGCUCUAACAAUGGCGAAAUCAGAGCACGUGUUCCUAAAAGCACACAGAAGAAUCUUGCUGCCAUUACCCAUGAGAAGAAAUCAAUUUCUAGAAAUUUACGAUCGCCUCAAACUUCUUCAAAACCUCAACUUGCACCUAAAGAAAGAAACACAAACUCAAUUAAAAGUUCAGAUUCUGUCAGUCCAAGACUGAGACAUGGGAAGGUUGAGGUGGAGAAACGAUCUCAUCCCCCUAAAUCUGAUGCAAACAAAUCCAAAAGGAAAAUGAAGCAGACAGAUUCGAGUUCACACUGUGGAAAGAUAAAACCCAAGUCUUCCAAUAUAAGACAGUGUGAUGAUCAAUCGAGUGAAAUGAACAAUGAACCAGGAGUUUUGAGUUACCAAAGUGAUGACAUGACCCAACGAUCAGAUACUAGUUUAUCCUUGGAUUCAAAGAUGGAUGUUGAGGUGACUAGCAGCACGCAAUCAACCGAGAUUGAUGACAGCCAACAAGCCACGGAGACUGUUGAACUCUUAACACCUUGCUCAGUUAAAAAGUUAUCAAUGGUGGCCAGUAGAGAAGAUGGGUCGACGGUAGAACAAGAUGCUAUAGCACUAGAGCACCCCAGUCCCGUCUCUGUCCUCGAUGGCUCGUUAUAUAGAGAUGAUGAAACAUCUCCUGUGAAAAAAAUUACGAUUUCACUUCAUGGUGAUGAUUCGCUAGAUUCUAUUGAGAGGCGCAGUGAAGACCAGGGCAACACUUCAGAUGACAUCUUUGUAAAUCCUUUGGUUUUAAAUCAUAAUGUGGAGAUCGACAGUAUGAAUUUUGAAAAUAUUGGAGAUCUGACUCAGAAGCUUGGAUAUUUAAACUUGCAUCAUGGUGAAGGAGAAAAAGAUUAUAACGGAUUGUUGUGUGAGAAUACUAGUCGAGAUCACAUAUACAUAUCGGAGAUAUUGUUAGCUUCCGGUAUUCUACUGCGAGAUCUAGGCUCUGACCUGACCACAUUUCAGCUUCAUCCUAAUGGUAAUCCCAUCGAUCCAGAGUUAUUCUUCAUUUUGGAGAAAACAAAGGUGGGUGGCCUACCGCCAAAAGAAGGGUUCAGCCCAGCAAGAGCUUCCUAUUCAAACAGGGAGAAAUGUGAUAGGAAGCUCAUAUUUGAUGCUGUAAAUGAGAUACUAAAUGAAAAUUUGGCUCUCAUUGAUGGUGGUUCUCCUGAGCCAUGGUUGAAACCAACAAAGAUUGCAAAAGAAGGUUUUAGUGGGCAAAAGAUUUUGAAGCAAUUGUGUAAUAAAAUAGAACAGUUUCAAGCUAAGAAGUUCAGAUGCAACUUCGACGACAUGAAGGAUGACUCAAUGAGCAUUCUGCAAGACGAUCUGAUGCACCAAUCAAGGAGCUGGACAGAUUUCCAGGGUGAUGUCUAUGAUGUCGUGUUAGAUGUCGAGCGGUCAAUAUUCAAAGACUUGGUUAAUGAGAUCAUUGUUUGGUGAAACGGAAUCUUGGAAGACAAAACUAUAGGGGUAUGCAUUGGCUAGUUUUGCUUGCAUUCCUUCUAGUUUUCCAUCCUUGAUAUUUACUUUCUUACAGUGAAAACAUAAACAUCUGCUCUUUCAUCCCCUAUUUUUUUGGUGUAAAGCUCAAUAAUUUGUGAUAAUUAGUUCUGAGCUGGUUGGUUGUGCAAUAUACUUGACCACAAGAAUCAAAAUCAAUGAAAAUACUUUGUUCCUAUUUCAUUCUUUCA